CAAGGAUUAAGGAUUAAAAAACGAGAAAGAAGAUACCGAUUUUACUCAAAAAGCGGAGAGCUACGUAUCUAGGGUUUACUAGAUCAUGUAAGUUUAAAUCCAGCUUCUUUGUCCGAUUUUUUUGAGCAACCGGCGGUUUGCAGGUGGUCUCGUUUGGUACGAAGUAGCGCACAAGGGCUGGGGCACACAACCUUUUGGCGAGAAGAAAGGUGCGAGGAAAUGUAGAGAGGAAGGCGUAGAAAUGGAGUUCCAACAAAGUCCUUCAAACGGUGGUUCAAACGGGACGUUGGAGGCUAUUCAUGAGCAGUGUGAGAUCAUGCAAUUGGCUAACGAGUAUGGUCAAAUGAAGAUGGAGGAAGAGGAUGAGUUCCUACUGGUGGAGGCUACGGCUCCUGAUACUACAGAUGUGGGUUUCUCUUUAGUAUGGCCAAUCACAUCCGAAAAGUCGGCCUUUGAAAAAGUUUUUUUUUUGCAAACGGAUGAAGGGGUUAAUUUAUGUGUCGAUUUUUGCUAUGAAGAACUGCCUAGCUCUUGUUUUGCAUGUGGGAUUAUUGGACAUCCCGGAAGGUAUUGCCCUCGCUAUCCUGAGGGUGGUGGGAAGAGUGGAGGACUUCCUCUUGGACCAAGGCUUAGGGCUUCAAAAGGAAGAGCACACGUAGGAGGAAAUAAGUGACUAGUUCCUGCUGAAAAGGGAGAUAAAGAUGCUGAAGAAAGAGUCACUAUGUCAGACAUGGAGGACCACGACGGUGGGAUGAAGGGACAAUAACAAAACAUUGCAUGAGAUAAGACCGAGCAGAAACAAAGGAGGAUUGAUCAAGGGGAGGAAGAACCACAACAAUGUGAUAAGGAGGUGGAGCAGAGGACGCCAAAAAAUGGGAAGGAGGCGAACUGCAGUGCUACAGUUCGCCUAUCACACAACUGAAGAUCGGGCAGGAAGACGAGGAGGUGAUGGGAGCGAGAGAGCUCCAUCAGCUGAAAUUUAUUUACUUUUUUUUUUUGCAAUUUAGACUCGUUUCUAGCUUUUGUUUUGUUUUUAUUUUUUCAAACAAUAAGGGUGGAUGGCUCGUGGUUUGUUUUAUUUUAGUAGGUAGAUUUCGUUUGGAAAGCAAUCAGGCUGAUUCAGCCGCUAAAAGACUCGAAGCUUUCACUUGCUAGCGAUUAAUCUCGCUCCUUAGAGAUGAACUACUCUAUGUCUGAUCAGGGUGUGAGGAGGCCGAUGAACUUUCGAUUAUUCUUGGUUUGAAGGAAGUUGAGAUUUUGGAUA